CGGAAGAAACUGUCUCUACUUACCGUUUACCCCGGAAGUAAAUCUUAAAAACAGUUUAGCUUUGCGCGUAGCGCUCGUAAACAACAUUGAGUUUGUUUCAUCAAUGAAAAGAGACUUCUGAACAGCGGGAACACUAAAGAAAGCUUCGGAAAAUCAAAACUGGCUCCUCCACUGUCCGCUACAAUGCCUGCUUUACUGGAAAGACCAAAGCUAUCAAAUGCGAUGGCCAGAGCCCUCCAUAAGCACAUUAUGAAAGAGAGAGAGAGGAAAAGACAAGAAGAGGAAGAAGUGGAUAAGAUGAUGGAACAGAAAUUGAAAGAAGAGGAGGAAAGAAAACGAACUAAAGAAAUUGAGGAACGAAUGUCACUGGAAGAGACCAAAGAACAGGUUCAAAAAAUGGGGGAAAAAUUGCAAAUUUUGCAAGAGGAGAAACAUCAACUCUUCUUACAGCUCAAAAAGGUCCUUCAUGAGGAGGAAAGGCGACGACGAAAGGAGCAAAGUGAUAUUACAACAAUGCCCUCUGCAAGUUACCAGACCAGCUUACCUCUACACUCAGGACAGCAUCUGCUCAGCCUACAAGGCAGUCCAGUGAGUCACAAUAGAGCUAGUGCUCUUUUAGGAGAGCGCAGUAAACAGUUAUUCCAGACACCUCUGAUGCCUAGCCAUCACUUCCCCAGCCAGCCAGGUUUUCCUUCUGGUUCUUCAGAGCAUGGCCAGUUCUCAGGAAGCCCUGCGGUCCAUGAGCCAUACGCAGUUACCCAGGCCCAGCACCAUUCCUCUUACGGACCUGCUGCUUCUGUGCCUAUCAGCUUUGCAGCCACCCAGAUUAGAGGGGCAUCACCAUUCCAGAGCAUGCCAUUCCUGACCCAUCAACCUCCUGGCCAUGCUGUCUUCAGCCAUUUCUCCUCCCAGCAAGGGUUUAUCCCCAGUGCGAGUAUCCCCCUUCAGAAACAGCUCGAACAUGCCAAUCAGCAGUCUGGCUUUACUGACUCUGCUGCUCUUCGACCCAUGCAUCCACAGGCUUUACAUGUGAGUGCAGCUGGUCUGCUGUCUACCCCAUCCAUGGCUGUGCAGAUCUCUACUGCAAAGGCUCCAUUUCAGAGUUCUCCUCAGCCGGCAUCACGGCACGCAUUUCUUUCUCACCCUCAGCCUGGACAGAGAUUCUAUCAUCACGGAAAACCACAUUAACUACUAAAAUCUGAUCAUAACAAGGUGGCAUGUUACAUAAAGCUCUUUUCCGAGACUUUAGAAGAAAGCCAGUCAAUUUAAAUAGUCUUUUUACAUUUAUUACUCAAUGUCCCAUGCAACAAAACCUGUGGUUCAUAAAUAAGUAUGGACUAUAAAGGUUCUCGAUCUAUGGCAGACAUUAAUUUUCUUUGUGGGUGGGAAUGCCUCUUGAUAUUGUGUAUCUGAAACUGUUUUAAAAGUGUAUUUUGAGCAACUACAUAAAAGGUUGUACACAA